AUGGCGGUUUCUUCCAUUAGAAAUCCAUUCCUAUUGUUGCUCUUGUUACUAACAUUUUUCACAGCGAUCAUUGUUCCUGCCACCCCACAACCAUGCAACUCAUACAAAUUUCCCAAUAAAGUUAACUAUGCGGCAUGCAAGGACUUGCCGGUGCUUGAAUCCUCACUGCACUGGAACUAUCACCCAUCUUCGGGUGCAAUCGAUGUUGCAUUCAAUAAGGCCAACGUGAAUGAUUCUAGUUGGGUUGCAUGGGCCAUAAAUCCCACCUCAAAGGGCAUGCUUGGUUCACAAGCAUUCGUGGCUGUUUAUAGAUCUGAUGGAAGUAUCAAAGCCUAUACGUCACCAAUAACAAGUUAUGCGACAAUGUUGCAAGAGGGUAAUCUCAGUUUUCCGGUUUAUGGUGUUUCUGCAUCCUACACAAACCGGCAUGUCAUCAUCUUCGCCAGUUUUCAACUUCCCGGGAAUACGACUUUGGUGAAUCAUGCUUGGCAAGAAGGCUUGGUUUCCGAUGAUGGCACUCUCAGACCACACUCUUUUUCACGCGCUAAUCUUCAGUCUUUUGGAACCUUAGAUUUCUUAUCCGGGAAGGUUUCCCAAACAGGUGGGAAUGUGGACUCAAGAAUCACGUUGAGAAAGGUUCAUGGAAUUUUGAAUACCAUAAGUUGGGGAAUUCUAAUGCCGAUUGGGGUAAUAUUGGCUCGCUACUUGAAGGUAUUUGAUGGUUUAGGACCCACUUGGUUUCACUUGCAUCGAGCAUGUCAAUCACUGGCAUUUUUUAUUGGCAUUGCUGGCUUUGGUACUGGUUUGUAUAUUGGAAAUCAUUAUGGCGUUCAUAACGCUCCUCACAGAUGUGUUGGAAUCACUCUGUUGUGUCUCGCAAUUAUACAAGUCUGUGUUGCUGUGUUUUUGAGGCCUAAGAAGGAUCACAAGUAUAGAAUGUUUUGGAACAUUUUUCAUUAUUUAGUUGGUUAUUCAAUUAUUGCCUUGGCCAUAUGGAACGUCUGGAAAGGUUUUGAGAUUCUCAACGCUCAGAAUAUCUGGAAAAAGACCUAUGUGGGCUCAAUCAUUUCCUUGGCUAUAAUUGCUAUGGUAUUGGAGGUGAUAACUUGGACCUGGGUGUGCAUCAAGAAGAGGGUCAAGAAUCCUGAGAAUCAUGUUGAAAUCGUUAUUAGUUAG